GAGAAGGUGAAGGAAAGAAUGCAUUAGAUUGAGACUAAAUCUGUCUGCGGAGAGAGAGAAGAUCAGACUUGGAGUAUUCACACUGCACUCAAACAGGCUGGAGAUGUUUCUGCUGUGGUUCCUCCUGCUCCUCCAGGUGUGUGUGCCGGUGCGCUCCACCUCCGCCAGCCCAUCUCAGCAUCACACACGUGUACGCAUCAUCGAGGUGGAGGACGAUUAUGAUGAUAUAAACACACACACCACACACUCUCCUCUGGCUCCAGGACUCACCAUCUCUCGUGCAAUCCGCAGGCCGUGUGAUUACGACCCGUGCGCGGUACAAACGAGCCCCUGUGAUGUUAUCUCCGCCCAAACCGGCUGUCUGUGCCCGGGACUCACCGGCCCGCAGGAGAGACCUGAACCUCCAGAUCUGCGGGAGCUCCGGCCGGGCUCCGGUGGAGGAGUGUCCGUACUCUGGUGCGCACCUCGAUCCACAGUCACACGUUACGAGGUCUCACUAAAGGAUGAAAAAAACAGCGUGCAGACUUUUGGAGAGCAUCUGAGAAGCGGUGUCAUCCCCGGGCUUAAAUUUGGGCAGAUUGUGUGUGUGGCGGCUGGGAAUGAAGCAGGGCUCAGCGAACAGUCCUGCACCCAAUAUGAGGCUCCUCAGGUGGAUCACGCGGCUCUGAGCGCUGGGGUCAUCGCAGGAUGCAUCGGCUUUUUUCUGCUCCUUCUGGCGCUUUCUGUGAUUCUCUGGAGGAAAAGGACGUGUAGGAAGGGUGGGAUGGGGGAUGCGGAGGGUCUCGGGAAUCCUUCAUACUCUAAUGAUGGAGUUCUGUGAACUCAGUUAAUGGGAGGAAUGAAGCAAGCUGCAAAAUGAGAAGAUGAUCAGUGAGAGAAGCUUCUAAAGAUUUUAAAAACUGAUCAUCAACGCUGUAAAAUAAUCUAUCAAAGCGAUUGUUCAUACAAAAAUUAAAGUUUACUUAUUUAUUUACCUUUAAGAGUUAACAGUUCUGUUGAACGCAAAAGAAGAUAUUUUGAAGAAUGUUAGGAUUCGAUAACCAUUGGCAACCAUAGUAGGAAAACAAAUGGAAGUCAAUGGUUAUGGGUUUCCAACAUUUUUCAAAACAUCUUCAAAUGGUGACUGAAUUUUUACUUUUGAGUGAGCUUUCCCUUUAAUAGUUGUCUAUAUAGUGCUCAGCAUAAUUGAGCACACCCCGUUUUGAAAAUGAACAUUUUUAUCUAUUUUUCAGUGAAUUUAGGCUAUAUAUUUUGGUGCAUUUAAAUUAAACUGA